AUGUCAGCUACAACAAUUCAUCAGUCUCGUGUUCCUAAAGUUCAUAUUCCAUCAGACACAACUUUUCAAGCACCAAUAAACCGUUCAAAUUCUCGUUAUAAAAGUACUGUACAUGUUCUAACAUCAAAUCGUGAACAUUCAACAUCAAAUAGUUAUCGACGUAGACGUCCAGAAUCUGAAACAUCUAAUCAUCCACCCUCAUCUUAUAAUACUGUUUCAUAUAAUCGAUCACAACCUCAACAACAAUUAUCAUCUCGUACUUAUCAACAAAACUGUCCAGUUUCAUUAUCAUCACGUUCAUCAUCAUCAUUAUCCUCAAAUCGUCGAACAUCAACAAAUGAAGUUGCACCAUCAACAUCAACAACAACAUCAGCAUCAACAUAUUCAUCAUUAAUAACACUUAAUAAUAAUCGUUCAACUAUUUCAAAUCCUUCAUCAACAAUAAAUCAAACAGAUUGUACAUCCAAUCAAAAUAAACGUUAUUCAACUGAUACAACAAAUCCAUCAACUAAAUCAUUAAUAAAUUCAAAUAAUGAUUCAAAAACUAUAUCAAAUCAUUUAGUUAUUAUACCAAAAUCAAAAUCAAAUCAUAAAAUUGAUAAACAUAAUCAUACAUCAUGUCCAGUUGCUUAUCAAAAUCAAAUUAAUUUAGGUACAAUAACAAUUUUAUCAGAUUCAAGUUCUGAUAAUACAAUUCUUCAUCAUUUACCAGAACAUAAUGAAACAACAGAUAAAUCACAACAAUCAUUACAUGAUGAACGUUUACAUCGUUCACCACGAAAACCUAAUAAUAAUAUAAUUGGAUCUCGAUUACAAUCGACAUUAUCAAGAGAUGAACAAAAGAAAAUACAAAUUCCAUCUAUUCAUUAUACAAUAGAACCAAUUCAAGUUAUCGAUGAUAUAAAUGAUGAAAAUCAUCUUGAUUUAAAACAAAAAGCAAUUCGUGAAGAAAAAAAACGUAAAGCAAAUGAAAAUGAACAAGUUUUAAUUAAUGUUGAUGAAUAUGCAUCAGAAAUCUUAAUGUAUCUUAGAAAACGAGAAAAUGCAUCACGACCAAAACCAAAUUAUAUGCGUAAACAAACUGAAUUAACAUGGGAUAUGAGAGCGAUAUUAAUUGAUUGGUUAUCAGAAGUAGCUGAUGAAUAUAAAUUAUUUUCUGAAACUCUUCAUUUAGCUGUUAAUUUUAUUGAUCGUUUUCUUUCACGUAUGUCAGUAACAAAAUCAAAAUUUCAAUUAAUUGGUACAACAGCACUUUAUUUAGCUGCAAAAUGUGAAGAAGUUUAUCCACCAAAUGCAGCUGAAUUUGCUUAUGUUACUGAUAAUGCAUAUACAAAAAAACAAGUAUUGAAAAUAGAAGAUCUUUUAUUACAAACACUUCAUUUUGAAGUAUCAACUGUAACAACACAUACAUUUUUAUUACAUUAUCUUAAAUUAGCUCAAGUUGAUGAAGUUACUGAAGAUUUAGCGAGGUACAUUGCUGAAUUAACUCUUCUUGAUCCUGAGUGUCUUCAACAUUUAUCAAGUUUACAAGCUGCUGCUAUAUUAUGUCUUGCACUUCACAUGCGUCAUAAACCACCUUGGUCAAAUACAAUGAAACAAACAACUGGUUAUACAAUUCAAUCAUUUUAUUUGAUAAUGGAAAAAAUUUUUUUCCUUGUAGCCAAAGCGCAAGUACAUGAUAAAUGGGCAAUAACAAGAAAAUAUCGUCAUGUCAAACAUCAUUCUGUUGCUUUAAUUGAACUACCAACAACAUUACCAUAUACUGAUAUGGAUAGUGAUGCUACUCUAUAA